GGUCCGGCCAGGAUGCUCUGCACAAGCCAGCAGCUUCACUUCGCAUCGAGUGAGUCAUCCUCUACCCUUCAUCCUCCAGCAAGUCUGUGCAGCUACAGUGGGCAUGUCGAACUCGGACAGGGUUGUGUUAGCUCUCGGAGGAGCGGGAAAAGUGGGCUCCGGGAUCGUUAAAGGACUGCUGGAUAAAGGUUUUAAAGUUGCAGUGAUCUCCAGGGACAGCAGCCGCCUGGAGAAACUCCGAUCGUUUGUCUCUCCCAACACAAAGGAUAACCUCACCACUAUAGUGGGAAAUGUGGGCUCAGAGGAGGAAGCCGAGCAGGCGAAGCAGGCCCUGCUGAAGGAGGUGGGGAAAGUCACCGACAUAGUUUCCUCUCUGGGCUUCAGCUGGUGGCAGGGAGGACCCCCACACACCCAGUCCCUCAAAGAUCUACACUGGGUAAUUGAGACGUUGCUUUUCAGCACAUUUGUGUCAUGGAAAGCCUUCUACCCCCUGGUGAGGGACGACUCCAACUGUACCUAUACGUUCAUCACCGGAGGAGCAGGAGAGAAGCUGCUGAUGCCUGGUACAGGCUUCCUCACAGUGGGCGCUGCCAGCACCCUGGCUUUUUGCCAUGUACUGCGUGAGGAGUACCCCGAGGUGCCCUGCAAACUCAACCAGGUGAAGAUUAACACAGGUGUAGCCACUCCUGAUCACAUGGCGCCCGGCUUCCUCAAUCAUCUGGACCUGGGUGAGGCUGUUGCCGCCCUGAUCGAAAGACGAAACACCGCCCACAACGUUUUCACCAUCAACUGCCCUGCAGACUUAAAGAGCGUCCUUCUGGAGAGGAACCUUUAGACUCCAAAAAAAAAAAGACCCCACCUUCCUCCAGCCUCACCUGCACAGGAUCGCACUGCUUCUUCUCCUGCACUCUCCAGAAAUAGUCUCCUUUGAUUUCCUGUCAUACAACUCUGAAACCCAUCCAUGCUAGCCGUUGCAUAUUUUCCUGCCUGUUCUCACAUCGUUAGCAAGUUUUCUCUCAGCAUGUGCUUUUUAUGGGAUAUGUAAGAAAACCAACACCUUCUCCCUAUUAUCUGUUUCUGUGCGUUGUUACAUAGUCUGUUCUGCCAGCCGCAUCAACAGAAGACGUGAUAGACAGCUCAUUCUGCUAAAUAUUUUUGGUAUAAGUAGACGUCUUAAGGCCAAGCAGGUAAAUAAUGACUUCACAUUGAUAACGACUGUAGUCAAGUUAGCCAAGAUCCCAACAACUGGUCCAAAAUGUAAAUAUAUCUACAGACAUAGACUGUACUCAGUGGAAGUUUUGACCACUAUGAGUUUAACAGAAUAAUGUUUUAAUAAGCUAGUUCUACAGCAGCAUGCACUCAGACAGGUGGCUGUUACUACCAACAAAACCCCAAUGUCCAAACAUAGCUCUUAGGAAAUCGACGCAAACAUGCAAAUAGCGCAAGACAAAAAUCUUCUUUGUCUUCAACGAGGUCGCCGGGCCUCAAAGAAGCACUAAAUGUAACUGUGUUUCCAUGGCAACACCACGAGGCAUCUCCCGGUGCAGUUAAAAAGCUGAAGAGAACAAACUCUCACACUUCAGCUGUGCAUGUAUCUUGACAGACUUUAGGAGUUCAGUAUGCUUGAAAUUUAUCAUCCACGACUAAAGAGAACGUGUUGCUACAUGAUCCCAGUGGUGGAGUUAAAAGUUUACCAUUGCUGCAUCCACUUCCUCCCUCCCUCUCGCUUCUCUGAGAGCUUCAGUGUUUCCCGCUGGUGUAAUCGCACUUCACUCUGUGAAGUUUCUGGAUUUGUUUUAAAGGAGUGAGAGAAAGUUACAUCCCACAUCUUUUUGCCACCUCUGUAAAUCAUUUCAGAAGCUUUUAGAUCAUCCAGGAGACACUUUGUUUGCAGCGUGCUUUAAAUGAGCAAGUUCAUACAACAUGUCAGACUGUUGGUUUUGGAAAGCUCAGAUACAGUCAGAUGAUCCAGCCAGCGCUUCGAUCGAAGUAUAGCAGCUAAACUGGAUGAAAAUUGCGACAUUUGCCUGGUUACAGAUUCAGCAGCUUGAGCCAUUUCAGCCUCUUUGUAGCGCUUAUGCAAAAAUAACGUUUUACAAACACAAAUAAACAAGAUAUAGACAAUA